AUUACGACAAUUCAACUGUUUAGCCCCGAGACCCUCAUGUUUGAGUUACUGACAAAUAUGUCGGCAUCAGGGAGCUUAUUGGCCACCAAUAUUACGAGUAUAUGAGAAGAUCUCAUCAUUAGCUUCUGUAUUUUAUCCUCUCUUUAACUUCCGUAUUGGUGGAUAAGCCUGCAAGACAGAAGCUAUUUAUUUCAAAGAAGUAAAAGAAAGCAUGGCGUCCCCCCCUAGCUAACAGUUAACGUCAGUUACGUUAGUUACGCUUGUUAGGCUAGCUGCAGUAACAACGGAAACGUAUCCCGUCUGGCCAACUAGGCACACGUUUUCCGUGGACGAUGUGUGUAUUCGCUUGGCGCUGGGGUAACGUUCGCUAGCUCGCACCGCUAAACCACUUGAAUGGAUACGAAUGGAUGUACCGCCGACGUUGAGCGGUCACUGCUGAAAGAACACGACCCGGACUGGUAUGUUCCGGUCACCGUGUUUGGACCCGGAACGAGUGGGAACUCCCUUCACAGGUGCAUCCUGACCAAUCAUCAGACUGGAUUGUCUUCUUGGUUUGACCCGGGACAAACUGAUCUUUAAAAAGUGCUCAGCUGAUCAGCACUGAAUCCUGCUCUCGAGGGGAGAAUCUUCUAAGCUGCAAACGCCCAUAGGAAUCUCAAGCGUCCACAUAUAGAAACCACCAUUCUUUUCAUUUUCAGGACUUUGCUGUCUCGUCACACAUAACCCACAUAACGCUCCAAAUUUAACAGUUAUCUCUUUUUCAAACGUUUAAUUUCUAUGGAUACCAAUGGAUGUUCCACUGGGUCUCCCUCUGGAAGUUUUGGAAAGAACCACACCGCCAAUUGUUGCUUUCUGUCUUCCAAUCAUGUCCCUGGUUCGGCCGGCAGGUGAAGUGGUUUGAGGAUGCCCCGACGCAGAAAAACUAGGCUACCCUACUGGCCCGUUUACAGACUGCUGUUUUUAAUCCCAGUGCUGGACUGAAAGGAAGUUGUGAGAGAGAGCAAGGGCUGAUCACUACACAUCUGUAAAACCUUUCCACACAUUGCUCCAGGUCUCAGGGUGCUGAAAACUUUCGAUCAACAAGAUCUCCACACGCUCUGCUGCCACAGACUUGAUCACGGACAAGCCCAGUUUCCAUUUCAAAUCUCGGCCGAGGAAAGUCAUCGUCAUUCCCCUUUGUCUUUUCUUUCAAGCUUUCCACUUUUCUUUCAAUGUCAUUCCUUUCUUUUGAUCCAUUGUGGAAGCUCUUCUCCAACCAUAACAGGCCUACUUCUACCAUUUGCUGUACCUCACUGAACUGAACUCGCAUCUGUUGUCAAAUCCCAUACAGUUUUUGUAUCUCAAUAAUGCCCAAGUUGUUUCCUUUGCACCGCUAUCAUGUUUCUCACUAAAGCUUCAUUCAACUUGUUUUACAUAAAGCAGAUUAUGGGUUUGUGAUUUUAAUUGACACGUCAGGUCGAACGGAGUGAAACUAGUGUUGUGUAUUACCUGCAAGUCUUUUAAACAAUCUGCCCCCCCACCACCACCGCCUUCACACCCUCUCUUUACAAUCUGUGGCUUAUUUGUUCGUCCUGCCUUCCCACCUGUUUAUUGGCUGACAAGAAAAAACAGCUUUUGACUUGUAGGCUUAUUUUAAUCUUCCGCAAUCAGGAUUGACCUACGAACUUAAGCUUCUCAGUGUGGGGAAAAAAGUGUUUUCCAUUUGUCCACGGGAAAGAGGAAGCCCCCCCCCCCCCCCCCCCACACACUCAUGUAUUCCUCCAUUUCUUUUGUAUUUGUCCUUUCACCUUUAUUUCUAUCCCCAAACUAGAAAUCCACUUAAUCCACCCAAACAGAAGUUACAAAACAAAACCUCCACACACCUCCACCCAAAGGAAGUGAUGCCAGGUGUCAGCAGCAAGAGCGGAGGGCGGGGUCCUUCCUCGUCGCCCCUCCCCCACACAGCGGUCUCGACCACCAGACGCCUGAGACCCUCCCGCUACGUCCCGGUGUCGGCGGCCACUUUCUUCCUUGUGGGCUCCACCACGCUCUUCUUCUGCUUCACGUGUCCGUGGCUCUCGGAGCGGUUCUCCGUGGCCGUGCCCAUCUACAAUGGAGUCAUCUUUCUCUUUGUUCUGGCCAACUUCUGCCUGGCCACGUUCAUGGACCCGGGAGUCUUCCCGAAAGCCGAGGAGGACGAGGACAAAGAGGAUGAUUUCCGUGCUCCCCUCUACAAGACUGUGGACAUCCGAGGGAUCCAGGUCCGGAUGAAGUGGUGCUCCACCUGCCGCUUCUACAGACCGCCACGGUGCUCGCACUGCUCCGUCUGUGAUAACUGUGUCGAGGAUUUCGACCACCACUGUCCUUGGGUGAACAAUUGCAUCGGCAGGAGGAACUACCGCUACUUCUUCCUCUUCCUCCUAUCGCUGACGGUUCACAUCAUGGCCGUGUUCGGCUUCGGCCUGCUCUUUAUCCUCUACCAUCGGCAGAGCGCCGACCGCCUACACACCAUCGUCACGCUGGCUGUAAUGUGUGUUGCAGGCCUGUUCUUCAUCCCUGUUGCUGGCCUCACUGGUUUCCACAUAGUGCUUGUGGCAAGAGGCAGGACCACCAAUGAACAGGUAACGGGGAAGUUCAGAGGAGGCGUGAAUCCCUUCACCAAUGGCUGCUGGAACAACGUCUCUCAUGUCCUCUGCAGCUCACAGGCCCCCAGAUAUCUGGGAAGAAAGAAGUGUGUGCAGAGCGUGCGUGUGCAGCCCCCCUUUCUGCGACCACAGCUGACGGAGGCCCAGCUGGCUGCAAAGAUCCUGGACAACGGCAUACAGGGAGACCUGCACCGGUCUAAGUCCAGUCUGGAGAUGAUGGAGAGCCAGUCAUGUGACUCAGAGCCUCCAGCUCCUCCUAAGCCAGAGCUGCACUACCCUGGAAUCCCCAAAGGAAACCCAGAGGAGUGCCAUCUGCUGAACAAAGCCCCUCCUACCCCCACCAUGUACAAAUACAGGCCGAGCUACAGCCCCGGCAAGAACCACACAGCGCUCACACACGCUUACGCCAACCAGCUGAGUCGAGGCGAGAGUGUCGGCAGUGCCAGGGACUCAUCCUCCUCCACCUCCUCCCUGCUGCAGGCCAGCCAGCAGCCUGGUUUCCGCUCCCAGCCCAGCCUGGACCAGAGAGACGCUUCAUCUGACAGAGGGACGGUGGGAAGAGGCGGGGAGAGGAGGGAGGGCAGAAGGGAGGUGGGUGCAGGGGGCAUCCCCGGGUACUCCCUUGGCGGACGCUCAUUCCCCUCCUUCUCCGACCCCACAGUCCUGUCGCGAGGGGCCUCGCGAUCUUCCAGCUCCACUCACACCUCAGUGGGCGGUGUCCACGUCUUGGAGGCCACCACCGCCUCGGUCAGCUUCAAGAGCUUAGCCAAUCAGACACCCCCGCCUCACCACUCGUCCCGCAACGGGAGCCUGUCGUAUGAGAGCUUGCUGGACAGUGCUGAUGACUCCGAAAAAGUGGGGGCAGGGCCACGGGAGGUUUCCUCCGGGAGACCCUGCACUCCAGCGCCAGGCAGCUACAACUCCUCCUUCCUGAUAUCACAGCACAGAGAUGCUGAUAUACACUCCCAGUCUCCCCAUCACUACCACCACUCGUCCCACCACCACCACUCCUUCCUCCAUCGCUCCUCAUCCUCCUCCCCGCCUCCUCCUCCACACAGGGAGCACCCGCUGGGUAAGCUCCACCCUGGCUCUCAUCUGCCAUCUGCCAAUCAUUCUACGGCUCUCCCAUCCUCUUCUGCCCCGCCCCUCCCACAUCAUCACCACCACCACCACCACCACGGCCAUCAUCACCACCACCAUUCCACCUCCACUUCCGAUACCUCCCGCCCUCCCCGCUUCGCUGCCCCUCAUGCACCUCCCCACCACGCUUAUCCAUAUCGCACCCGCUCCACCGACACCCCUCUGGGAUCCUCCUCCACCACCCACCCUCCUCGCUCCCCGCACCCUCCCCCUCUGGGAAAGUCACUGUCCUACUCGAGUGCUGCUGCUGCUGAAAUGCAGUAUAGGCUGGUCCGAAAGGCUUCUGCAUCAGCUGGAGCCAAUGCGGCGGUUGUAGGAGGAGGCGGCGGAGGAGGAGGAGAAGGAGGAGGAGGGAUGGGAGGAGGAGAAAUGCAAGCGGCAAACGAUGAGCCCAUCCAGAUGAAACCUCUGAGCUGGACCAAUGGCUGCAGACCCUUCUCCUCCACCUCUUCCUGCUCGGCCCCUUCCUCUCCCUGUCACCCAGUCAGAGUGUCUGCCAGCCCCAGAGUGGCCUACCCCAGCUCGGCAUUGAGUGCCACCCACAAGCCUCAGGCUGGCAGGGUGACGAAGGUGAUGGGCAUCGGAGGCACCACCUAUGAGAUUUCUGUCUGAGUGGCAUCGAGGUCCCCCCCUCAAGGACAAAUGAGACAUUUCUGCCUGGACUAGUGCCACUAGUGGGCUCUGCAUUAGCUGUGAGUCCAAUCAGCACUUUUGGACUGAAGCUCCAUUUGAGCUUAUGUUUGGAACAUCAUUGAACCUGAAACCCCUCCAGGAGGAUUCAGUCUGUGUGGCAGACAUAGAAAACCAAUGUGGCAGAAUCCAAGUAAAGGGCUUCCCACAGUGUGAUCAGUCUCUAGAUGAAGACACAGCUGGUUACAGCCUACCUUUAAUAACAGCCUGCACAAAACAGACACGAGGGGUACUGUGUGAUGUUGUCCCACAAGAGGUCAGGCAUCAGGGUGUCACUCAGAGCAGUUCUGGAUUGUGACAAUGUCCCGGACGAGGACAAGUGUGACAUUGGAAAGAAAGAAAGAUGGUGGUUCCCCGUUUGUUUGGUUCUUUCCUCGUGAAUAUGAUGCCAUGUUUGUACAGAAUGUGAUUUUAAAUGUGGGUUUCUUUUUGUAAGUGGCGUUCAGACUGCAGCAUGCACUAUUACUACUGACCACUAGAUGCCGCUGUUGACCAAGUGGUCAAACUAAAGUGAACAAGGAAACCAUGUAGAAGCCUUUGUUAAAGGGUCCUUAAGAUGUGGCGGCAGAAAAUUCAUUCCUCGAGCAAGUAUAAAGUGUUUUUUUAUGCCACCUAUUUAAUUUGAAAUGGUUUUAUAUGUAUUUAUAUGGUAAUAUAGCUGUUAAAUUAAUUUUUUAAUAUUGAGGGUUGAGCUGUAAUCUCUAACCAGACGCCUUAUUUCAAACAUCGUCUCACAGUCCAGUUGCAUCUGCACUGAUGUUUUCUUUCUAACUGUGAACGUCCGCCUGCUCUCCAAACUCAUCUCAGCUGAAGGGUGGCGAGGGAAAUGAUGUCAAGAUUACCUUCAAACAUGAACAAGGCUGCCAGUCUGAGAAAAUGUGUUUGGUAAAACAAAUAAAAAAUAGUUGUGA